CUCAAGACCCUUCUCGUGAACUAUGGCUGCGUGAACGAGCCUUUCCGCCGACUGGGCCAGUGCGGUGUGCAGACGCAUGCGGAUGCCAACGACAAGAAGGCGCGGAUGCAGAUUUGGAACAACACACUCGAGAAUCUUGCUACUUGCGUGCCGGUCUUGGUCGACAAGCAGGACACCUACUCGGCCGCUGUGAAGCACUUCCCACAGUUCAAGCAGGCUUUCUGGCAGAUGAAGAAGGAAAGGAUGAACACGAACUCCUACCCCAAGGACUGCCAGAUCCCCGGCACGCACGUGGCCGUGAUCCAGGAGUUGGCAGCGCAGGAGACGCUCCUCUACGAGGCUGCGAGGAAGCGAGCUCUCGCCAUCCACGCGCAUGACUCGAGCUAG